AUGCUACCCCUCCCCCUGCGCCGCCAUUUCCUCUUCAUCCACUCUCGCCGGAAACCUAGCUUCCUCCCCUUCUCCAUCGCCGCCACCGCCAUCUCCACCCUCCCCACCAACACCGCCGCCGCCGCCGCCACCUCCGACCGCCGCCGCCAACCCAACCCGCUCCAGGCCGUCCCCGCCAACGUCCUCCUCUCCCACCGCCUCCCCUCCUCCGCCCACCUCUGCCUCGCGGCCCACCUCCUCGCCCGCGCCCGCCUCUUCCCCCACUCCCGCAGCCUCCUCUCCCGCCUCCUCGCCCCCGGCCACCGGCCCCACCUCGCCGCCCCCCUCGUCGAUCUCCUCCACCGCGCGGCUCUGGCGCUGGGUCCCCGCCGCAGCGCGCUGCCCUCCGUCGUCGACACCCUCCUCUCCCUCCUCGCCGACCGCGGCCUCCUCGAGGACGCCGUGCUCGCCCUCGCCCGCGCGCGCGAGCUGCGCGUGCCCCCAAACACCCGCACCUGCAACCACAUCCUCCUCCGCCUAGCCCGGGAGCGCCGCGGUGGGCUCGUCCGCCAGCUGUUCGAGCAGGUGCCCCUGCCCAACGUGUUCACCUUCAACAUCGUCAUCGAUUUCCUGUGCAAGGAGGGGGAUCUCGUGGAGGCAAGAGCACUGUUCUCGAGGAUGAAGGCAAUAGGCUGCUCACCAGAUGUUGUCACCUACAACUCUCUGAUCGAUGGGCAUGGCAAGUGCGGGGAGUUGGAGGAGGUGGAGCAGCUCAUCGGGGAGAUGAGGGGGCGCGGAUGCAGGCCGGAUGUUGUGACAUACAAUGCAUUAGUCAACUGCUUUUGCAAGUUUGGGAGGAUGAAGAGGGCGUACGGCUACUUUGCUGAGAUGAAGAGGGAGGGAGUGGCGGCGAACGUAGUGACACUUAGCACCUUUGUGGAUGCGUUUUGCAAGGAGGGGAUGGUACGAGAGGCCAUGAAGCUGUUUGCGCAGAUGAGGAUGAGGGGCAUGGCGCCGAAUGAGGUCACCUAUACAUGUUUGGUUGAUGGGACCUGUAAGGCGGGUAGGCUUGACGAUGCCCUUGUUUUGCUUGAUGAAAUGGUGAAGCAGGGUGUCCCGCUGAAUGUGGUCACGUAUACUGUGCUAGUUGACGCCCUUUGCAAAGAGGGCAAGGUUGUGGAAGCGGAAGAUGUUUUUGGGCUGAUGGAGAGAGCUGGCGUCAAAGCCAACGAGCUGGUGUACACUACGCUGAUUCAUGGGCAUUUUGCGAAUAAAAAUAGUGAGAGAGCUUUGGGUUUAUUGAAUGAGAUGAAGGAUAAAGGGUUGGAGCUUGACGUUUCGCUUUAUGGUACCCUCAUUUGGGGACUCUGUAAUCUUCAGAAGGUGGAUGAGGCUAAGAGUUUGUUAAGUAAAAUGGAUGAUUGUGGUCUGAAACCCAAUAAUAUCAUCUAUACGAAUAUAAUGGAUGCUUGUUUUAAAGCAGGAAAAGACUCAGAGGCCAUUGACCUGUUCCACAAGAUCCUGGAUUCCGGGUUCCAUCCUAAUGUUGUGACUUAUUGUGCAUUGGUUGAUGGUUUGUGCAAAGCAGGAUCAGUUGAUGAGGCACUCUCACAUUUUAACAGAAUGGGAGACUUAGGGUUACAACCUAAUGUACGGACUUACACCGCUGUAAUUGAUGGUUUGUGCAAGAAUGGGUGCUUGACCAAGGCUGUGCAACUGUUGGAUGAAAUGGUUGACAAGGGGUUGUCUCUGGACAAAGUUGUGUAUACAUCUCUUAUGGAUGGGUACCUGAAGCAGGGAAAUCUCCAGGAUGCCUUUGCAGUCAAGGCCAAGAUGAUAAACAGUGGAUUGCAACUUGAUCUCUAUGGGUACACUUGUUUUGUAUGGGGUUUUUGUAAUUUAAAUAUGAUGCCAGAAGCUAGAGAAGUUCUUUCAGAAAUGAUUGGAAAUGGUAUUACUCCUGAUGCAGUAAUUUACAACUGUCUGAUAAACAAAUACCAGAAAUUGGGGAACAUUGAGGAGGCCACUAGUCUUCAGAAUGAAAUGGAAAGUGUUUUACCCUCUUGUACAAAUGGUGAUACUGCUUCUGGUUCUGAUGGAUAAACUCGAGAUAUCUGCUUGUAAACAGCAUAGCAGCAAAAGCCACUGAUUUAAUGCACUUCUCCUGGUAUCUUGAUGCUCAAAUCAGUGAAGAAACUUUGUUUGAUGGCAAUUCUGAGAAGGCAGGCAAAAACUUCUGAUUAUCUGCUGACAGGCCCCAUCAGACGCAAAAGGGGAUCUGCUUCUCUAUUAAGUUGGGAGAGUGAGAAGGAGCUCCAAGUUUUGAAAUUCUCCAUAGGUUUCGUGUGGUCAUGAAGAGCUCGUUGUUAUUAUUCUGAAACAACAGAUACCAUAUGUUCUUUUUAGCUGUGGGAUCUACUACUACUAGUUGAACAAAUGGACAAAGAUGUGAAGACACCAUUGUAUUCUUCUGGACAUUGACCUGUUGAAUAUUAUGCGAGCACACAGUGUCACAAUCUGAUGCCGUCCUGUCAGCCAGUGGCUCCUAUGACACAGUAGUCAAAUCAUGUUUGUGCUCCAAGCAUCAUGUGCUUACAUUCAUGAGGCGACAAGGUUUUCCUCAUGAUCUAUGCUGAAACACAGUCGACUCUAGUAAGAUUUGCCAGAGACUGAUUUUGAUGUAUGGCAGUAUGAUUCACAUCCACUUGUUUCUGGUGUUAAUACAGCACAGGUGAAACAUCGCAGAUCAUAACACUGUUCUGAAAACUAAGAUUUGGCACUUGUACGGUUGUACCUACUACCAUUCUUCAAAGUUCAGUAAGUGUCAGGGAUGCACUGAUCAACAUAGAGGAGAAUGAGUGUCGUGUUUGCAAGCUAUGCCAACAUACAUCUACUGAGCAACAUCUGAGGGCUGCACUAACAUGUUCAUCUUGAUCUUGGGCAUCGAUGGCCUGUUCAAUCGGACCAGCCUUUCCUUCCUGCCAAGCAUCAGGUUACUGUUCAGUUAUGCAAAAAGGUGCUGCUUGCAGUGAAAAUGCUAGGAAAUAUUUUGGCGAUAGUGAUCAAAGAGCUGGAGUUGAUAGUGAUACCGUUGGUUUUGUGAAGAAUAAGAUGGUCGGGCAUUUUCUGGCCCUGGUAGCAAUCGUUAGUUUGGUGGAGACAUGACUUGAGUCCUGGAGGCUGCAGAGUAUGCUUGAACUGUUCUUUUUCCUAGUCCACCAUCUCGUCUCGGGCUCU